AUUCCAGCCAAGAACUUUGAUGCUGCAAAGCAUUUUAGAACACACCCUGCUCUAGUUGGUAGAAGAUUUAAUCGUCCAACUCUUGAAAGCCUACAGAAUGGUGAAUUUGUUGCUGACAUUGAUGAGACAGACUUUCUGAGUGCAACAGAGAAGAAAAAGAAGAAAUAUCAGGAGUUAAAGAAGAGAAUACAGCGAGAGAAACAUCUUGGUGUAAUAUCACAGAAAAUGGAACGAAGGAAACAGUUACUGGAUAAAUCUUUGAAGAGGAAAAAAGUUGCUGAGGAGACAAAGAAUUCAGCUGCCCAUUAUAAAUGGCAGUUCAAGCGGAAAAGAUGAUUUAUUUUGAAAAUGCUGUCCCCAUUUCGUCUUUCAUUUACUUUUUAAUGUCAGUUUGAAUGAAAUAUAUUCUGUAUUAAUGUGAAGUACAUGUAGUAAAAUUGUUAUGAAAAA